UCCAUGUUUAAUGCUUAUAUAAGGAAGUGUGUCUAGAAUAUAACUUUGUUUUGGCAACACGUAAAAAUACAACAUGAGUGGAAAUGUGAUGGAGCUAAACUUUGGUUCAUUAGACCAAUUUUCUUCUGAUCAAAAUGGAGUGUCCCUUAAGCCAUUACGGUGCCCUGCACCAUUUCUAUUGAAGACCUAUGAUUUGGUGGAACAAGGUAUUGAAGGUGAAGAUGGCAUUAAAAUUGUGUCAUGGAAUGAAGAAGGAAAUGGUUUUGUUGUGUGGUCUCCAGCUGAAUUCUCAGAGCUCACCUUGCCUAAAUAUUUCAAGCACAACAAUUUCUCUAGUUUUAUUCGACAACUCAAUACAUAUGGGUUUAAGAAAAUAUCAUCUAAAAGAUGGGAAUUCCAACAUGAGAAAUUUCAAAAGGGUUGCAGGCACAUGUUGGUUGAAAUCAGUAGGAAAAAGUGUGAGCCAAGCGUGUUUCCUCAAUACCUCAAGUCUUGUUCAGAGGAAAAUGCAAUGACUAAUAAUUCAUCAGUUGAAGAAGACAAUAACAAUCAUGAACUACUCAUGGAGGAGAACAAGAACCUAAAGAAGGAGAGAUUAGAGUUGCAAAUGCAAAUAGCUGAAUGCAAGGCACUUGAAAUGAAGUUGUUGGAGUGUCUCUCUCAGUAUAUGGAUAACCGCCAAAAUAAAGUUAGGAGACUAUGUUAAUUCAUAUUACUAUUUAUCAUAUCACAUCAAGUUAUUAAAAUAGAGAAGUAAAAUGUACAUGUUUGUCAUCAUUGAAUAAUAAUAAAAAUGCACGUAUGUUUUACCUUU